AUGCCAUUCACUUUGUCCCUGCUAAUCGGGGGGACCAUUCUGCUCCUCAGCUGCUCCUCCGCAAAUGCAGCCGGAAAAGUGGGUGAGACCUGUAAGGUGACGGACACUAUGCCCGGAAUCUGUCGCUCCUCCUCCGAUUGUGAGCCCCUGAUCGAUGGCUAUAUAAAGACGGGCAUCCUCAAACUCAACGAUGUGCCCAGCUGUGGCCUCGGUGCUUGGGGUGAGAUCUUCUGCUGUCCCAUCACGCCGUGCUGUGGAAAUAAUACUAGUACCAUUACCACCAGCAGUACCACUACCGUAAGGAGCGUGCCCACCCGAACAACCCCUACCACCAGCCCUCCGAGGGUCAGAACGAUGGUCCAGACCUUGGGACGCGUGGAUGUGCCCACGGGAAGCUCGGGAGAUCGUCCAGCUGUGGCAGCCUGCAAAAAGUAUCGGGAGCAAAGAAAAGAGAAUAGCGGCAACAACCUGGUUAUCCACAUCGUGGGCGGCUAUCCCGUCGAUCAAGGCGUCUAUCCCCAUAUGGCGGCCAUCGGUUACAUCACCUUUGGCACCUUUGAUUUCCGAUGUGGCGGCUCGCUAAUCGCCAGUCGUUUCGUCCUCACCGCCGCCCAUUGCGUGAACACCGAUGCCAAAACGCCGGCCUUCGUUCGCUUGGGAGCGGUGAAUGUCGAGAAUCCCGACAAAUCCCACCAGGAUAUCGUUGUGCGAAGCGUUAAGAUCCAUCCGCAAUAUGUGGGCAACAAGUACCAUGAUAUCGCCAUCUUGGAGCUGCAACAUGACAUUGUCGAGACGAAAGACAUCCGGCCCGCCUGUCUUCACACGGAACCCGCCGAUCCGCCAUUGAAUGCCAAGUUGUUUGUUGCCGGUUGGGGUACCAUAAACGUAACCACUCGGGCACGUUCCAAGAUCCUGCUGCGAGCGGGACUGGAACUGGUGCCGCUGGACCAGUGUAACGUCUCCUUUGCGGAGCUGCCAGUCACCGCUUGGGUCCUGAAGCAGGGCGUGAUCGACUCUCUGAUCUGCGCCAUCGAUCAAAAGCAGAUCGCCGAUGCCUGUGCCGGCGACUCCGGUGGUCCACUCAUCCACGAGAUUAACAUCGAGGACGGUAUUUUCAACGUCGUGGGCGUCAUCUCGUCGGGAUUCGGAUGCGCCACCAUUAUACCGGGUCUCUACACGCGUGUCUCCUCCUAUCUGGACUUUAUCGAGGGCAUCGUUUGGCCGGAUGGUCGGGUGUGACCAUCAUCAGCUCUCUUUUCUUGGUUGUAAGACAAUAGCCCAAGAGCUAGAUCCACCAAAAUUGGCAUACACACGUCUGUGAUCCGCGAUCCAAUCAAUCCAGUACCAAUAAAAUACAUUCAUUUAAGAUAACGAAUGUCUUUGAACAGUGA